AUGGCUACUGCAGCAGUGACACCCCUGGCUAGUUCUGUUGAGAAGACAAAUGGAGCCAAGCUCAACAGACUCCUCAUCGAUGGUGGAACUACAGUUCUUAGAAAGGCUUUUGAUCGCCAUCACCCUCCCGCAGGACUGGCUACUGAUCUAAAUACCUACAAACCACUGUUAAUUAAGCUAUUUAAAAGAAGAGUUUUGCGUAAACCUCAGUGGGAACAACUCUUUCCACCUGCCGGAGCCUCGCCAGAUUCAAGCAAAUUUGAUAUAACUCUUCUUUUUGUUCUUUUGACCAACAUUUGUGGACUAACCCCUCCUAGCUUAGGCUGGUACACUAACCCUGCGCCAAGCGACACCUCUUUUGAAGCUAACCUUGCACGCGUUAGGUUCUAUCGCAAUGAAUUGUAUGGUCAUGUGACAACCACUGGUGUAGACUCCCUAAGCUUUGCUUCUCUUUGGGCUGAAAUUAGCCUUGUUCUUGUGAGUCUUGGCCUUGCUAAGACAGAGGUAGAUCGUCUUAAGUCAGAGAAAUGUUCGGAGCAGCAUUAUGUUGACGUGUUGAUUGAGUGGGCUGAAAGUGAAGAGGCAAUCAAGUCCGAUUUAAAGAAAAUACAUCAGAGCGAAAACAGGUUGCAGCAAGCGGUGGACGACGUGCGUCAGACCCAGGUUAAGACUCGUGAGACAAUGGAGGACGUGUAUCAGAAUCAGACUAAUACUCAACAAAGCAUUGAAGGAGUUUGUAAGACUGUGGCUGAAGUUCUUCGGACUCAGAUAGAAAAUCAACAAACUCUAGAAGAAGUGCGUCAGACCCAAACAAAAAAUGAGCAAGAAUUGAAAAAAGUUGCAGCAGGUUUUCAAGAAUUAAAUACUAAGGUGGAUAGUAUUAAAGAAGAAGGGGGCAAGGACAGGAAUUAUGAAGUGCUUCAAAACCUUGCCAAGUCCGAAUUCAAGGGAGACAUUGAGUAUUACGUGGAACGAUUUCAAAGAGGCACCCGUGAGUGGGUCUUCGACAGAGUUCAAAAAUGGCUGGAUGACAGAGGCUCUCAAAACCGAGUGAUGGUGAUCAGUGGAAAUGCAGGGAUGGGAAAAUCUGUUAUUGCAGCUGUGAUCUGCAAGAGAAUGCAAGAGGCUGGCAGACUGACAGGAAGCCAUUUUUGUAAGUACAAUAAUGUACGUUAUUGCAAGCCGCAGUUGAUGCUUCAUUCUUUGGCCUUCCACUUGUCCACUGCACUACCUGAGUACAAACAAGCUCUUGUAAAACAGCUGUCACGAAAUCUGGGUGCCAAUCUCAACAAUAUGAGUGUCGAAGAGCUGUUUGCACUGCUUUUUAAGGAACCUCUAAGUGCCGUAGGCGAUCCAGGGAGAAACAUGGUCAUGGUAAUAGAUGGCUUGGAUGAAAGUGAGUACCACGGACGAAAUGAUCUUCUUAAUGUGAUUUCACGCCAGUUUUGCCUGCUUCCUAAUUGGAUUCGUUUUCUUGUUACAACGCGUCCAGCCACAAACAUUGCAGAGAAAUUAAAACACUUAAAGCCGUUUGAAUUAAAGCAUGAUGAUCAGAAGAAUUUGGAAGACAUCAGAGUGUUAUUUACAAAGAAACUGCAGGACAUGCUCAAACCUGUAGAAGAAGAAGAAGAGUCUGAACUUCUGGAAAAACUUGUUUUGAAAUCUGAGGGGCUCAUGUUGUAUGCUGAUUUUCUUGUUUUGUUCAUUAAUGAGAAUGCAUCAGCUCUGCACCAGAAAGACCUUGAUGGUAGUUUGCCAUUAGGAAUUUCUUCAGUUUAUGAUUUCUAUUUUAGUCGUCUGCAGGAUGAACUUACACGUAUCAAGGAACUUGACAUUAAAGAAGAACAUUUCCUGAAUUUACUAUCUGCCAUUACUGCAUCAAGAGAACCCUUGCCAGUUGGGUUUGUUUCUAAGGUGUUAGUCCCUGGAAUUAAUUCACCUCUUGCAAGACGUAAAGUCCUUAAAGCUUUAGCCAGUGUAUCCGCACUUCUUCCUAUUUGUGAUGAACGUCUCCAUGUCAUCCACAAGUCGGUCAAAGACUGGCUGACUGACACAUCAUGUUAUGGAGAACAUGAAUUUAUCGUGGAAGAGAAGUAUGGACAUCAAAUACUUAAAGACCUAUGUAUUGACGAACUUGACGGUUUGAAACGGAAAGGUGCUGGAAACGAGCAGUUAAGCGCCACUGAGAAGUAUGCCCUGUAUCACGGUGCUCGUCACAUGUUACACUCUGGAGUGGACAUAGAACCACGUAAAGUGGACGAACUGACAAAGGCCUACGUGAUAGAUUUAGAAAUACUUUAUGCCAAAAUUUUAAUGAAUGGCUCAGUGGCAGCCGAAGACCUUCUUUGGCUUGAAAAGACGGGCAUUUCUGCAAUAUUACCAGAAGAGAGCAAAAGUAUCUUGGAUACGUUGUUGUUUCUGUUGAGAAAGUUCCUCAACAGAUUCACAGACGCUCCUCGUACGUUUCUCCAAACCAUUCUAAACGAGGGAGGCAAAGUGUUGUCCUCUAAAGCGUCGGACCUUUUACAGAACGGGUAUCCUGGAAUACCAUAUAUGGAAAAUCUUCACAAGGAGCCGCAACAGGGAGGCGUUGAAGCUCGAUUUGAAUGUUCAGCUUGUGUGGUCUGUUUGGACGUCUCACCGAAGUUGGAGUAUAUGGUCUGUGAAUGUUCAGACGGAAUGCUUCAGCUAUGGUCACUCCAUACUGGUAGGCGGAUGUGGACACGCCCAGUAAAAGAAAAAAGGUGCUUUAAGAGGGACUAUGAACACGAAGCCUUUCGAAAGUUGCCUUCAGUAGAUGUUGCUUCAUUUUUUCGCUCCGUUGUUUUCCAUCCUAUUAAACAUAUUGUUUUACCUGGGAUUCUCAGUCACGCGUACGGUUUGGAAGGGGAAUUAAAACCACUUUUUCCCAAAAGUGGUUGUAGGUUCUCGGUUUGUUCUAUUUCCGGUGACAAGAGCAAGAUAGUUACGGAUUGCCCUCAGAAUUCUAAGUGCCUUUUCCUUUGGAGUUUAAAAGAUGGUUCAGAGAUUGAUCGGAUAUCCAGAGAUGAAGACAUUUUAUCUUUUGCUUGGUCCCGAGAUGAGAGACUUCUCGCCAUUUCCCAUUCUUCGGGUUUGAUUUGUUUGGUUGAUGUGAUGCAUGAUUUUAUUGAACUGGCCCAAACAACUACCACAAAAGUAUGUGGAAUCCUAAAAUUUUCACCUGAUCAUCAAUCCCUUUUUUGUUGGCAUUGGUACAAAUUCUUUAACCAACAAGUCUAUCGUCUCGAUGUAGAUAUGGACAGCGUCCGCAACACGUAUUCUUUAAACGUUGUUGAUAAUGUCUCUUAUGAUUACCAGAGUUUUGAAUCUUUUGAUGAUUGCGGUUUUUUGUUUGGAGAUAUUGUUGUCUCCGAACAGACAGGCAGUAUGCUUUUUGUUCUUGGAGAACAAAGUCUGUUGCGCUGCCUGGGUAGAGUAAUCGAAAUGGUGAACAUUUUAAAUGCAAACAAGAGAGUUCGAUGCGUAGCUUCCAAGAUAGCACUGAGUUUGGAUGGCCAUACUGUCUAUGUUUCUAGCUGUGGAACAGUGACCGCUUGGGACUUGGUAAGUGGAAAUCCUCAAGCUGAAAAAAACCUCGAGAUUACGUGGCCGAAAAUUUUCAUUCCCCUGAAAGAAGGUAUCUUAAUUACAACUGGGUGCAAAAUUUUCGAGUUGUGGGAUUAUAAACUGUCUGACUGCAUCAAGAGGUGGACUGGCCUCUCUGAUUUUGAACAAGUAAUCCCCAUAUCAGAAGAACUGAUAGCUCUUGUGUUUGAGUUUGAAGUGAAAGUCCUGAAUACAAGCAGUGGGGAAUUCAUUUUCACAAUCCCUGUUUCACACAGAAGAGUUAUUACGUGCAGCAGUAAAUUUAAGCUGUUAACGGAGGUUUCUGGCUCACUUCAAUUGUUCGAUGGCAUAACAGUUGUGUGGGAGAAGGACUGGAGUACUGAUCGCGGCGUUUUCUCCCCUAAGGGCGAGUUGCUUGUCGUUCUGACGUCUCAAGGUCCGCUUGUUUUGAACUCCGUUUCAGGGAAAGGACUAUGUAUUUUGCCUACUUUUGCUAUGGACAUUCUUUGUCAGUUUGUUAGUGACGAGGAGUGUGUUUCUGUGAAUCAUGGUAUUGAAAGUUCUACUGUUCAACUGUUUAAUGUCAGGUCUGGUGACCUUCUGAGUUCAAUGGAGGUGGAAAGCAGAAUAACCUGUUUAGCAGCCUCUUCCAAAAAUGGACUUUUCGCAAUCGGUCUGCUAGACUGCAAACCAAAUUUCAAAGUUAUCAAAGUGCAUUUGCCUCGAAGGACAGUUGGAGGAACCACAGGUGAGCUGUUGGUAAAUGUGACUAUCUUUAAGGCUUUUUUUCUUGUGCUUUAACCCAAAGGUGUCAGUUGUUACUCCUUGUCGUCUUUGUUUUUGUUAUUAGUCGAGCUUGCUUCAGCAGCCAGACUCUAAAAACGCAAGCGUCCUUUUUUUUUCGUGUGUGCGCACGUAAGGGAGUCAUGGUCCCAGGCGUUCCUAGCGUGAACCGUGGAAACUCGGGAUAAGCAUCGCGAGGUGACUGAUAGCCUGCUGCAACGCAGGCUACUUGACUUACAUCAGAAAACGUUUUUCAGAGAGCCAUGCAUUUUUUGUGAAGAAAGCCGUGGAAAGAUUAAUGCGAAAGAUGUCGAGCUUUUCCGGAACGGGUGGGUCCACGAGUUCUAUCACUUGAAAGCGUUGAUUGCUUUGGAACAAGUGAAUACUUCAAUCGUCGAAAAAAACAGGAUCUUUGUGAGCAAAACUUUGAUGGGGAGGUAAACCGGUGUGGUGUUGUAAACUUUCAUUGUAUGAGUCUUGUGAUGAGCAUGCCAGCGGUUUAUUUUCGACGAUGAUUGAAAUGACGCACCAUGUUUAUCACAUUUCUGGUCUUUUUCUCUUGAAUCGAGCCCCUUGCAUUGAUUGUCAUGUAUUUAUACACGCGUACUCAAUCAUUUCAGAAACAAAUCGUCGAAUACGAUAUAAAUAGUGAAUAUCCUGAAGAAGACUCGACCGUCGAUAAAAUAGGACGUGAAAAUCUUUUAGCGAGGAAACCCGGUGUCCUUAAUCUCCAAGCAAGCUCGACUCAACGCUUAUGAGAGCGUUCUUGUUUAAACUUCGAUUAUUGUUAGUGUUGCAGACUGGAAAGCUAAUGAAAUUGCUCUUUGCGUAAUCUUGGUAAAUGCAAAUGUAGCUGUGAUAGCAAACCCUGAUAGUAAGCGGGACAGUUCAAACGAUACUCACCCAGUCUUACUGGUCCUUAUCAGUUCCUAAACAGCCAUUGGUCAAGCUUGUUUUUUAUCCAUUGAAGAGCUACUUAAAACGACUUUCAUUUCAUGUCUUUUAGGACGAUUGGUAUACCGUGGAAUAGACAGCUGCGCGUAAAGAACUGGAUGUAAACAAAGGUCAGCAAGCGUUUUCUUUUCUGUCUGUUAGAAAAUAUCCCGCAAAACCAGCUAUUUCUGUCCCGGGCGAGAACGAAAUCGUAGAAUUCCCCUGUGUUUUUCAAGCGAAUGUAUGUAUAUUAUUCCUUUUCGUGUAUGUUUCAAUUUUUUUUUCAGAUGUCCCAAUAUUCCUUUAUUUAAAUAUGCUACAGGUCAGAGAACGUUGGCAAUUAUUGGAGAAACAUUAGAAAAAACGCCUGUGGACAGGCUAGAUUUGAAUUUUUUGUAGGGACAUUUGAGUCUUAAAUUAAGAGAUCCUAAAACACACUUUUUACCGCACAACACAAUAUUUAUUAUUUAGAUUUUUAACAGCGAAGAGAGAGUGAUCCUAGAGGAAGGUGGAACGAAGUACGAAGGUCAGGCGAAGCAAAUUCAUCCUGCUCUAGUGGCCUGCCCGCCCAGUUGAAUGUCGAUGAACUUGAGAACGUAUCUACAGAGAAUAGCUGAUGCGAUUAACAGCGCUCUGCAGGAGCCCUUGGAAGAGUACCGGCCUCCGAGGACCACGCCCCUGAGUUUGGUGCGGUAUCAGAACAAGAGUUUUACAAGAAACUUUCCCGCCUAAACCCAACGAAAGCUAGUUGGCCCAUUCCGAACUCGAUACUGAAAGACCGUUCGGAAUUCCUUGCCAACUCGGUAACUACAAUCCUAAAUGCCUCAUUUAAGGAGCAGCGCUUACCGAACUCGUGGAAACUGGCUGACGCGUCGCCUCUUCCUAAGACGAAAUCUGUCAAGGAAAUUAAAAACGAUCUCAGACCGAUAUCGCUCACACCAUGUACCUAUGAGGUUGACGAGGACUUCGAAGUUACCCAGUAAGCGAAACCAGCUGACUGGUCACGCAAGAAUAAGUUUAAAAAGUUGAACUAUAACAAAUCAGUGGCACUCAACGACGGUUUCCUCCUAAAUGCAUUAAAAACACUUUAUAGGCUAUCCAGAGGACUUUUGGAUCUUUAGAAAUACAUUCUAAGCGGCGCUAUAAAAUAUGUGUCUGUUCGGUCAUCCUUGGGAAACUUGAGUCUUCUCGAAAUUACAAGGGCUUCAGUAUUAUUUUCCCGAAAAUUUUAGAAGCAAUUCGAGGUAUUACGAACGUGAUGAUUUUUCUGAUUCCUCUCUCCAUCACGUUUUCGAUUCCGAAAAUUUCAGGUUUCCUGUUGUGAAAGAAACCUGGGCAGUGAAAUGUGAAUUUUAAACUUCAGAAAAUCGUACGGGUUUAUUACAUAAGCAUCGAAAAUUGUACAUGAACGGAACGAUCAUUUAUAAAUUUUUAGUUGUCCUUAAGCUAUAGAAAAUUAUAUAUCUUGCUGUACGGGUUAGUGAGUAGUAUAGUGGGAUAUUUUUACGAGUCACGCUGUAUUUUGGCGAGCCCGUGAGACGAGUCAAAAUACAAGAGACGAGAAAAAAUAUUCCUCGAUACUACACGCUAAACCGUUCAAUAAGAGAUUUAUUAUUCAACUCGAGGAAUAUAAAAUAGAACUCAGUAUAAAUGGGUACCUUUUCCUACUUAUGACGAGAUGGCGUGACAGACUAACGUGAGUCGAGUUUUCGCGCGCUUUCAUCAACGCUGUUGCUGAUUGGUCAGAAAUGAAAACUUGUUAAACUAAUUUACUCAGGGUGUUUUCCAUUAUAACAAAAUUUCCGGAAAUUUCGGUCCAAACGUAAAUGGAAUGGUUCGGACAAGGUCGAAAUUUUCCGGUCAAAGUGGUGGACCUCCAGAGGUGGUCCUCUUUGACCGGACGGUCCGGCCCGACCGAAAAUUGACGUUCAUUUUCAGAAAUUUUCGUUUGCAGUCCCGCUUCUGCUGGUCACCCCAGUAAAAAUGGCGGAUGGUUUAGAUGUAAGUGUUUACGAGUGCGGUGCGUGUAAGCUUCACACGCAAGACGUAAACUUUCUCCUUAUGCGCGGUUGCACACAAGGCUCAGGCACAGCAGUGCAUCUUACUUUGUUUUUUCUUCUGGUUUUCAUCAGCUUUUAAAGACAAAUAUUGCUGGUUCCUCCGAAUGCUGACGAUGUUUUCUCGCGUUUUUCUCUUAGCAGUAUGUGACCCUAGCCCUUACGGCUUUGACAGUCAGUUCGAAAAAAAUCUAUAGCUCAUUCCAACAACCUCCACUAGUUCGACCAAAGCCCUCGAAAGAUGGGAGGAUAAACACGUCAGUUUACUUAUUGCAAGCUACACGAAGAUCAAAGACGAAUUUGGGAAGUCACACAUUACCCAACAAUUAAUUGGGUCGGACUUUUGGUUCGGACGCCCACUUCUGCGUCCCCUUCAAAAAUGUCCAGACUACCGUUUAGGAUUUUAUCAGAUAACUAUUUACAAUGUAAUAAAUGUUAAGGUAAAGAGAAAACAGGGUGACUUGUAGGCUGGUGGGAGCAGCAAACACGAUCAGACUACAGUUUGGACCGGCAAGCCUGAGAGCAAGCUCAACCGGGGAGGGGGAGGCAAUAAAGGAGGUCCCCUUCCCGUCUUUGCUCCCCCGCCGUCGUACUAUGACCCCUGGGAGAGCUUGCUCGCAGGCUAUGGACCGGCAGCAGAAAUCUUAAUGGGACAACCUCGUUCCCAGGUUCUCUACCUAGCCGUCUUUCUCUCACUCCGUCGGGUGGGGGAGGGGGUUAGUAACUGGGUAGGAGAGAACCCUGGGAACGAGGUUGCUCAAUGGACCUUAAGUAACGACGACGACGACGACAACGUCAAAAAACAAUUUAGUCCAGCAGCUUAGCUUGAAAUUUUUAGUGAAUUGUGCACAUUUAGAUACAAGCAUGAAUUUUGGCACACCGAUAGUAGUCACCAAUACAAGCAUUUUCAGAUAUAGUACCAAGCCGGUAGUAGGUCUCCAUAGAAACCACAAUGUAUUAAAUUUCAUAAAAAUUAGUGAAUUAAAUUCAUUAAAUUGUUGUCCUAGUUUAUCAAGACCUAGAAUCAUUUCACUCAGUCAUCCAACCUGUUUACCACGUACAUCUUGUUUAUAACACGCCGUUUGACCUUAACUAUGCGUUGCCAUGGCAACGGUAAGCAAAGGAAAACUAAAACCACGACGACUGACGAAAUUAAUGUGCCUUCAGUUUGUUUGAUCAUCUUAUGUGAUACAACUAAUAUCUUUAAACAUAGCUUUGCCGCCUAAUAGAUUUCACAUUUUCGUUAUGGAAUAAACUUACGGUGAUUCUCUAGUCAUUUGCCACUGUGCUUCCCGCACUGCCCAUAACAAGAUCGCCGCCGUGAAACAGAUCUUCUGCAGAAACAUGAUUAAAAUGACGUUGAUCGAAAGGAAACGUUUUUGAAAUUUUCCAUAACAGUUUUUUUUUCUAGCUCAGAUGAGUCUCAAAUUGUUGGAAAUGUGCCUCACGUAAGCGGUAUGGGUGUUACUGAGUUAAACUUCCUCACCAAGGCCUUCGAUAGUGGAUGUGGCGCUGAACCAUUUUCAUGACUUUUGAGCUUCAUCUUUAUCACAUUAUGUACUAAUUGCUGUAUCUCGAUGUAAAUUCCAUAAUAUCGAAUUUUUCAAUGCUUUCUUCCACCUUCCAAGUAAAUGCCGCUUUGAAACUCACCCCAAUCCUCCCUCAAAAUUCGCAAGAAAUGCAGGUGGUGCGCUCUAUCUGCAGCUCUACCGGUGACCCUUAUUUUUCUUCAUUAUUUUAAUAAUAACAGUUCUUCCUUUUAAUGGCAAUUCUAUGACCAGCGGAGAAGGAAGCAGCAUCACAGACUGUUAAGGCAUAGAACACAAGGAGAAAUGUCGAGUUAGAUGGACCAAAGGCUUUUGGAAAGAGUGUGGGUAGGAUAUUCCCUGUCCCAUAGGACACUCAAAAUUCCUUCAAGUAUAAAUAAGCCUGUGUCAGGCUCCAAGAUAGUGGGGAAAACGGAGCGAAAAAAAGCGCUUAAUUUCGAAUCAUGGUUGACUAGUGAACCAGUUUUCUACUGCAUCAGCUACAUGGGCUAUCAUUUUAAUGCUUGCCUCUUCUCCGUGCAAACAGACUCAUUCUUGACCGUGUACGUUUGAUGCAGUGGCUUAGUUACAGGAAUUUUUCUUAUCACCAUGCAAUCCGGUUUGGUCCUGUUGAACGCAUCGCGACGAGAUUUUUGCCACAUAACAAACGACUUGAUAAUAUGGAAGCUGAAUUCCAUCUCCCCUGCAGUCAACUGCAAAAUUUAAUUUUCCGGUCUCAUAAAAUGAAGUUGAGUCUUAUUCAAAAGAAAGGUAUCCAGCACAUACCGAUCGAGAAAGAUACAUUCAACCAAAUCACUUGGCUUAGGAGGAAUAAGAGUUCUUGAAGCUACGUCACGGCGAGAGAAGACUAAUGCACAUGGUGGAACAAAAUGGCGGCAAAUUUCGAAAACUUGAAAUAAUCAAAAAAACACCGCUUUCGGUCGGAAUCAAAAAUUUUUUGGUCGGAAUGUAUAGGCCAUUUUACCUGUAGUAACAAAUAAAAAAUCUUUUCAGUAGCAUUAAAGAUUAAUCUGGCUUUGAGCAUGAAUUUGUGGGGGAGUCACAGAAAAGAAGGGCUAACGUGGCUGGCUUUCAUAACUGGAUUCAAUUCCACCUGCAAGAGAAAAAAGGCUUACUUGACUAUAAAGGCUUCUAUCCAAGUCGGAGAGUAAGUAUUUAAAUGUUACUACAAAACCGUACCAUUCUCUGUUCAUGUCAUGAUAGCUAAUCUCUCAUUGUAGUAUAUUCAAGGAUAAGGACAUCAAAAAAAAGUCGUACCCCUAUGUGCGACCACCUCUCGUAAAUAAGCGACCACCUAUCCAAAACACCAACAUUUUCCGAGUCAAAGCCUUACAGAUGAAACUCUCGCAAACGACCACCAUUUGUAAGCGUAUGAGAAGAACUAUUAGAAACAACACAGACUUACAUAUAUUGUAACAGCUACCAGGUGCAUGCAAUACGUUCUGUCCAAAAACUAGAGGUCAGUUCGGGCUUCUCCUCGUAGACGGCUCGCUGCAGUUCGACUCUCGUAAGUGGCACCUCCCAUAAGCGACGACUGCGUAUUUUGGGUCGUCGCUUACGGGACGUUCGACUAUACAGAAAAUAUGAACUUUUUGUAAAUGACUCUGAACGUUUUAAUGUCGAUGAAAAAUGUUUUUGUAAACUUGAAGCUCUCUUCACUCAGUAAAUAGAGUCUAUUUAUUCAAGUGAAUCAAACUGUAUGUAUAGUCUCUUUAAUUCCAGAUUGAUGGUACUUUUCAUGGUGAUGCCUACAAUUUGUCCGAGAAAUGUCCAGAAAACUUUCAUUCUUGGCCAAAUGUAAUUUUUUCAUACUCUUUCCAGACAAUUUCUCAUCUGUUGGGCUACAUGGUCAUUUUGGUGAAUAGCUAAUACCACGUUUUAUUUCAUGCCUAAACUUAAUAGCAUUAGGUAAGACAUGAAAUUAGCUGUGGAAAUCUGUCAGCGGCACCCAACUACGGUUUCCUCCUAAAUACGUUGAAAACACUUGUAGGCUUUCCAGGGUCAGACUUAAAGAUUUCCAGAGAUGCAUUCUUAGCGGCGCUAUAGCUUUUGUAUCUUUUCUGUCGUCCUGGGGGAACUUGAGUCUUUUCGAAAUUGCAAAGGCUUCAGUAUUUUUUUCCCGAAAAUUUUAGAUGCAAUUUAACAUAUUACGAAAGUGAGAAGUUUUCUGAUUCCUCUCUCCACAUUUUUGAAUCCAAAAUUUUAGGCGCGAUUCGUUUUUUGUCCGAUAAAUAUCCUAAUUUGGGCAGUGAAAUGUGAUAAAUUAAAGGUUCAGAAAAUCGUAGGGAAUUUAUUAGAUAAGCUUCGAAAUUGUACCUGAAUGGAAUGGCCAUCUAGAAAUUAUUAGCCGUCCUCAAGUAAUAGAAAUUAAAAAUUAUUCUUGGCAAUAUUCGCUUCUCCGAACAGAUGUUUUACAGAAAACAGUCGUUGGGUGCCCCUGAUCUGUUAGUGUUUUUUGUAAUGAUAUUAAAACAGUAAUAAUACAACUCAAUUGUCUUGUUUUUUCCUGACAGGAAAAGCACAUAACAAGAGAAGAUUGGAGCAUGAAUUCGAAUAAGCCGCUUACUGUGCGGUUCAAUUGGAAAGGUGAUUUAAAACGGAUUGGCGGCAGCUUCAUUGGCACUAGCCCUGAAUUUGAAAUGGCGCUGUGUACAGUUUGUUUCCUGGCUCGGGUUCCUCUACCCGCAUAG